UCAGCAGCGAAGUCGCCAGCCUGUGAAGGCAGAGAGAAAUUGACUAAUUAGCAAUGCGCACUAAAACUUGACGGUUCUUUAUAGAGAGAGAGAAGAGAGAGGGAGAGAGAGGGAGAGGGAGGGAGGGGGGCUCGCUUUUUCCCCUUCUUUCUUCCAAAGAUGUUUGAAAUCGCAGUCAUUUACGCUCGACAAUUUUUACAAUAGCCUUGAGCCAUAAUUUUGCGAGUCUCUCCAGCAUCCAUCCCCCUGUAUGGUCUCUCUACUGGCCAAGCACGACCGUUUCUCUCCCCAACCGUGGAUUUCCUAUUACUCUCGUUACGACUCACUGAGCCCCAGGCCCAAGGAUAAUGAUGUGUUGUUUCUUGGUAGCAUAAUUUGUCACACGUACAUUUUUUCUUCUUCUUCUCUUGCAGAAAGCUCUGCUCCCUCUCUCUCUCUCUCCCCUCUCUCCCUCUCUCUCUCCCUCUCUCUUUCUCUCUUUUCUCCCUCUCCUACAUUUUCUUGCUGUUGCUAAUUCAUGGUGAUCAAAUGAUGUACGACAAAAUAAAUUGUAAAGAGUGACUGCCUGGAGUUGGGAACCAGAAGGUGUUUUCCCCCUCCCAAGGAGAGAGCAAACCUUUAAAAAGGAAGGACAAUUGAUUUUUGGGGGGGAGCUUAAGUGAGCCUUGACUUUGCAGCUGGUUGAAAGCAGGUCGGAGGAGGGUUUAAAGCCAGGUGCGCCGAGUCAGCUCGCCAUGUCCAGAUCCGGGGACCGGACCUCCACCUUCGACCCCAGCCACAGCGACAACCUGCUGCACGGCCUCAAUCUGCUGUGGAGGAAGCAGCUGUUUUGCGACGUGACCCUGACGGCCCAGGGCCAGCAGUUCCACUGCCACAAGGCCGUGCUGGCCUCCUGCUCGCAGUACUUCCGAUCGCUUUUCUCCAGUCACCCCCCUCUCGGGGGAGGGGUCGGCGGCGGCCAGGACGGUCUGGGGCCCCCCAAGGACCAGCAGCCGCCGCAGCAGCAGCAGCCGCCGCCGCCGCAGGAGGAGCCGGGGACUCCUUCCUCCUCCCCCGACGACAAGCUGCUGACCAGUCCUCGGGCCAUCAACAACCUGGUGCUGCAGGGCUGCUCGGCCAUCGGGCUGCGCCUGGUGCUCGAGUACCUCUACACGGCCAACGUGACCCUCUCCCUGGACACGGUGGAGGAGGUGCUGUCGGUCAGCAAGAUCUUGCACAUCCCCCAGGUCACCAAGCUCUGCGUGCAGUUCCUCAACGACCAGAUCUCGGUGCAGAACUACAAGCAAGUGUGCAAGAUCGCCGCCCUGCACGGCCUGGAGGAGACCAAGAAGCUGGCCAACAAGUACCUGGUGGAGGACGUGCUGCUGCUCAACUUCGAGGAGAUGCGCGCCCUGCUGGACUCGCUGCCGCCCCCCGUGGAGUCGGAGCUGGCGCUCUUCCAGAUGUCCGUGUUGUGGCUGGAGCACGACCGCGAGACCCGCAUGCAGUACGCGCCCGACCUCAUGAAGCGCCUCCGCUUCGCGCUCAUCCCGGCCCCCGAGCUGGUGGAGCGGGUCCAGUCAGUGGAUUUCAUGCGCACCGACCCGGUCUGCCAGAAGCUGCUGCUGGACGCCAUGAACUACCACCUGAUGCCCUUCAGGCAGCACUGCAGGCAGAGCCUGGCCAGCAGAAUUCGCUCUAACAAGAAAAUGCUGUUGUUGGUUGGUGGAUUGCCUCCUGGGCCGGACCGGCUCCCCAGCAAUUUGGUUCAGUACUAUGAUGAUGAAAAGAAGACAUGGAAAAUCCUCACAAUUAUGCCAUACAACAGCGCCCAUCACUGCGUUGUGGAGGUGGAAAACUUCCUGUUUGUGUUGGGCGGAGAGGACCAAUGGAACCCUAACGGAAAACACAGUACAAAUUUUGUCAGCAGAUAUGAUCCCCGAUUUAAUAGCUGGAUACAACUUCCGCCCAUGCAAGAAAGAAGAGCCAGUUUCUACGCGUGUCGGUUGGACAAACAUUUAUACGUUAUUGGUGGACGGAAUGAAACUGGCUACUUGUCCAGCGUGGAGUGCUAUAACCUAGAAACAAAUGAAUGGCGUUAUGUGUCCCCUUUGCCACAGCCUCUGGCAGCUCAUGCGGGAGCAGUGCACAAUGGGAAAAUAUACAUUUCAGGGGGUGUACACAAUGGAGAAUAUGUCCCAUGGCUGUAUUGCUAUGACCCCGUCAUGGAUGUCUGGGCUCGAAAACAAGAUAUGAACACAAAACGCGCCAUCCACACUUUGGCUGUAAUGAAUGAUCGCUUGUAUGCAAUUGGAGGAAAUCAUUUGAAAGGUUUCUCCCACCUCGAUGUGAUGCUCGUGGAAUGCUAUGACCCAAAAGGUGACCAGUGGAAUAUUCUCCAGACUCCCAUUUUGGAGGGUCGCAGUGGUCCUGGCUGUGCAGUGCUAGAUGACAGCAUCUACCUUGUGGGAGGCUACAGCUGGAGUAUGGGAGCCUACAAGUCAUCUACAAUAUGCUAUUGUCCAGAAAAAGGCAGCUGGACAGAACUUGAAGGAGACGUAGCAGAACCCCUGGCAGGCCCAGCCUGUGCAACAGUUAUCCUGCCUGCCUGUGUACCUUACAACAAAUAACACCAGGAAACCCUGGAAUGAACAGUAUCACAUUCUAGGAAGCAAUGACGGGUGACAUCCCUAUUACAAUAGGAACAAUACAUCCUAAUGGUACAACUGCCGAAACCCCAUUCUUGGUUUCUGAUGAUUUACAAGAAGCUACAAAAGGAAAAGACCUAUUCUUGAACAGGUACGCUGUCUGUAACUCGGAUUACACCGAACUUCCUGUGGUGACAGACUCUUCCAUUUCAGACUGGUUUUAACUUGUCCCAGCUUUACAAAAACUCCUCACAUGGAUCUCAACUUUCAAAAGGAGAAAGAUAAAAUACAGGAGAGUGCCCCCCAGAGAGACCUAAGAUCAGUAUUGUGCAUUGUAGUCUACCUGCAUGUGAUCUAUGUUGAAGUUUUGGGGAUAUUGUGUUCAUGAAUGAUUCAAAAUUUGACCCAUCAAAAUACUCACACCACAUUACAGAAAUUGCCACUUGAUUCUAUAUUCCUAACCUGUGGCUACUUCACAGAUUCCGUAGGCAACACAGUUAUAGAAAAUCAUAUAAGAUUAAAGAGGAACAUUUUUGUUUCCAUAUAACUUCAUUUCAUAUACCUUCUGCCCCUUACAGCACCUCGUGGGAAUGUAGAAGAGAAAGAUAUUGGCUCUUGUAGCAAUUGCUUUCUGCCCUGUAGGUUCCAGGCUAGCCAGAGUCACAAUUUCUGUGUCCUCCAUUUUAUCAGAAACAUUAAGACAAAAUACGCUGUAUCACUAUUCAGUUUAUAGAGGCUCACGCUUUCUCUUUUGGAGCAGCAUAUAAAUCGUGAAUACACCUGGUCUUUCUUCAAAAAUAUAGGACUGACAAAGACAGUCAUGCAAUAUUGAAUAUUCUGUAAAUAGCACAUCUGACCCAAACUUAACGCCUAAUGAAAACUGAGAGAUUGCUUUCGGAAAUUCAGGGACGAAAAGACAGAUUUCUCUUAAGAACUGUCCCCUUUUCUCUCUGUCCACAAAAUACCUCCCCCUCUUCCUCACCUUCGGCUCUAAAAAAAGCUCUAGAUGUGGCUCUAGAGAAGCCCAUGACGGACCCUCCUUCUUCCCCCCAACUCAUCACAUUUCUUUGUUGUCACCAGAGAUGCCUGGGCUCAGUUAAGCGAGCAAUAGCUAGCUGUCUUGAGAAGCAUGAGGAAUUUAGGAACAGAAGGUCAGGAGAGCAUGAGACAGUGUCAAUACGGCCCAUCAAAAGAGAAAAGCUAGCAGGAACGCGGAUUUGCUUUUCAAGCUCUUCAGAGCUGGCACAACAAUAGUUAGGAAUAAAUCAAAGCCUAAAAUAUUUUGUGAAUCACCCAGAGAUGUUGUUGAAUCCCUCAACAAGUGUGUCUUUCAAAAACAACCGCACAGGGAAGCCACAGAUUAAAAAUGCCUUGGUGAUAAGUUUUCACUGCGGAGCAUGUCCAGAUGGAUGGGUGUACUAGAAUCCAAUGCCGUUUCUACAGUAAAGUGCAAUCUUUGUUGUUUUUGUAUUUAUUUGUAUGUUCAGAUCCAAAGGAUCCGUUGUAAAAAUAUAUAUAUAAAUAUAUAUAUAUCCAGUGCAAUCAACUUUCAUUUCUUUUUUCCUUGAUCGCAUAUGAGUAUAUAGAAAAAAAGAAAAGUUACAGUACUUUGUGAGAAAAUCCCAUCUGACGUCAUGAAGAAUACAAGGUCUCCUUCAAAACGUUUUAUCGUCAACGGUCCCCAUUUCUUCUGAAAGUCACCAUUUCUACAAGGGGAUUUGCUUUCCUUGGACUUGUUGUUCAUUUAUUUUUUAUUUCUAGCCAAAAUAAAUAAAAGCAUUUAUGAGAACUAUAAGUAAAGCUUUCUGUAUUUCAGAAAGGCACAAACUAUUAGAAAGUGAAAAGUGAAUAAAUAAGUCACAGAGAAUGUAAAUUUUGUACAGUAUUAGAAUGUGUAAAUGAAGCUUGCUUGG